CACUCCGUCCAUAUCACCCUCUCAAUAGUCUUUCUUCCCUUCCUCUGCUUUUUUUUCUUGGACAGAUAGCAUCAGAAGACACGUCGAUUCCUCUUCCAUUUUCUUGGACUGAGAGCAGUACAGGUAUACUUCCUCUUCAAGCUAAACCCAUUCAUCUCUCAGACUCUCACUCUCUCUCUCUCUCAGGUCCUAUUAAUCUUUUUCUUUCCAAAGAAACCCUCUCCGCCUUAGGUGGUUGAAGAAAGAGAACGUUUCUGCAGCUACACACAAGUCAAAUUUAGUUUGAGUCUUUUGAACUCCGUGGCUGAAACUGAAAGGAUCAGUAGGAUGAGUGAUCUUCCGGAGAAAAAAAGAACUAAAGGGACAUCAAUGGUUGAGGCUGAGGCUGAGGACAGAAUAUCUAAACUACCUGAUGCAAUUAUUGUACAUAUUCUCUCAUUUCUACCUACUACGGAUGUUGUUCAGACAUGCAUCCUCUCAAAGCGUUGGAAAUUUAUAUGGUUUUCAGUUCUCAAACUCAGUUUCUCCGAUACUAGUACUACUGCUCCCGAAUUUCUAAAGUUCCAAAAUUAUGUUGACAAUUGCUUGGAACACCGCAAGAGAGGUCUGUAUUUUAUUGCUGAUUCAGCUGUAACUAGUUUCAAGCUUCAGAUAGAAUGCUAUCGAAAAAGCAAGGCUCGCAGUCUAGAUAAAUGGUUAAGUUUUUCAGUUGACAAUAAAAUCAAGGAGUUGAGCCUUAGCUUAGAACCAGGAAAAGGUAAGAGUUACGGUUAUUACUACUACUGCUUACCUAAAACAGUAUCCAACUUAAGAGCUUUGACGAUUUUAGAAUUGAGUGGAAUUGAGUUGCGUUACUCAUUUGGUUUUCCGUCCUUGAAAUUAUUAUCAUUAGAACGCAUUCGGCUUGCAGAUAAUGAUGUGCUAUCCAAGUCUUUGUUGGAUUGCCCAUCCCUUGAGAAACUGGUGUUAAGUUCAUAUAAAUGUUUGAGUAUUCAUGAUCAUCCCCUUCGGGUACAAAGCUCAAGCCUCAAGUUCAUGAUAAUUGAAUUUGAUGGAUCCCUUCAAGUUGAAGCCAUAAAUCUUGAAUCUUUGGUGCUACGUAGUGGUUGUUUUAAGGACAUAAAUCUCUCUGCAUGUAUGGCAAUUAGAAAUCUCUCACUAUCUAAUUGUAAAUGGGGUAUGACAGACCAGUCAUCAUUUGAAGAUUUCAUUUUAAACCUUCCUCUCCUUGAGGAUUUGACUCUAGAGAAUGUUUAUUGUAUGUCCGGAUUGGAGCAUCUUAAAAUCUCAAAUCAACACUUGAAAUGCUUUAAGUUGAGAAAUACACACCACCCUGGUGAUAUGGUCAUGGAUUUCACAAUUAAAUCAGCACCAAAAUUGGUAUCAUUUUAUUAUGAAGGUAAUAUCAAUUGUCGUAUAUCAUUGGAAUCACCCAAUUUGUUGAAUGGAAAAUUUGUAUUUGAUGAUUAUCAUUACGAAUAUGCAACAAAUUGGUUUAUCGGUAUGAUGAAUUUUUUUCUGAAUUUCAAUUGCUCUUGGGAUAUUGUAACACUCCACCUUUUUUCUGAUAAGGCUUUCAUCAUGCCAGACAAUUGGAAAAGGAUAUGUCGUUCUAAUUUACUCAAUUGGAAGCAUCUCAGGCUUGUUAUUACUCAUUGUUAUGCCGAGAGAAAGUCAGAUUUAGAAGAUGUGCUGAUUUGGAUUUCACCCUCUUUGAAAACAUUAUCUGUUAAUGGAGAGAACAUAUUCUAGUGGCCUUUUGCAAUAUUAUCAUAACUAAUGCUAUAUUAUUAGUAUUUUUGAGGUAACUUGGUACUAAUGAAAUUGGCUACUUUUGCCGAGUUGGUUUGUUUUAAGAACUUAAGGGAUGGUAAAAGACUAGAAGUUGAAUGUUAUUGUUAUCCCCUUGCUCUAAUGUAUUUUGGAGGGUAAUGAUAAACCUUUGUUGGGAUGUAUUUUGGUGAUUUUCUUUGUAUUUUGAGACCCUUUAGUUUAAAUGAAAAUCCAAGUUAACCAUCGAAGGAAAAAGAAAACUUUUUUUGUUGUCGUU